AUGGCGGAAUUUUCACUUCCCAAAGACUCUUUUUUCCUCGGAUUCGACAGCUCAACUCAAUCGUUAAAGGCAACGGUUUUGGAUUCGAAUCUCAACAUCAUUGCAUCUGAGUUGAUCCACUUCGAUUCAGAUUUACCGCAUUACAAAACCAAAGACGGUGUUUACAGAGACCAAUCCAUCAACGGAAGAAUCGUUUCCCCCACGCUAAUGUGGGUGGAAGCACUCGAUCUCAUUCUCCAAAAGCUCUCAAAAUCGAAUUUAGAUUUCUCCAAAAUCUCCGCUGUUUCCGGGAGUGGACAACAGCAUGGAAGUGUUUACUGGAAAAUUGGUGGUUCAAAGAUUUUAUCAUCAUUGGAUUGUAAAAAGCCGUUGUUGGAACAGCUUGAGAAUGCUUUUUCGAUUAAGGAGUCGCCGAUUUGGAUGGAUUGUAGUACGACGGUGGAGUGUAGGGCGAUAGAGAAGGCUUGUGGGGGGGCGUUGGAGUUGGCGAGAGUGACGGGGUCACGCGCUUAUGAGAGGUUUACUGGGCCUCAGAUUAAGAAGAUAUUUGAUCAGAAGCCAGAGGUUUAUAAUGAGACGGAGAGGAUCUCGCUUGUUAGCUCGUUUAUGGCGUCGGUUUUUAUUGGGAGGUAUGCUGCUAUUGAUCAUUCGGAUGGUGCAGGGAUGAAUUUGAUGGAUAUUAAAAAAAAGGCUUGGUCUGAAGUUGCACUUGAGGCAACUGCACCUGGUUUGGAGUCAAAACUUGGAGAUUUGGCUCCUGCAUAUGCUGUUGCUGGAUAUAUUGCUUCAUAUUUUGUUGAGAGGUAUCACUUUAAUAAGGAUUGCCUCGUCGUUCAAUGGUCAGGAGACAACCCUAACAGUGUGGCAGGUCUGACAUUAAAUAUUCCAGGAGAUCUUGCCAUCAGCCUCGGCACUAGUGAUACCGUAUUUAUGAUCACUAAAGAUCCUAAUCCAGGGUUAGAGGGACAUGUCUUCCCUAGUCCUGUUGAUGCAGAAGGUUACAUGGUAAUGUUAGUCUACAAAAAUGGGUCCCUUACCAGAGAAGAUGUACGUAACCGUUAUGCGGAAAAUUCUUGGGACACUUUCAAUAAAUUUCUGCAGCAGACACAACCUUUGAAUGGUGGGAAGUUAGGUUUCUACUACAAGGAGCAUGAAAUCCUACCUCCUCUUCCAGUUGGUUACCACCGCUACGUCAUAGAAAAUUUCUUAGGCGCGUUGGAUGGAAUGAAGGAGCAGGAAGUGAAGGAGUUUGAUCCUCCAUCUGAGGUAAGAGGAAUAAUUGAGGGUCAAUUUCUUUCAAUGCGCGCUCAUGCUGAAAGAUUCGGUAUGCCUUCUCCACCAAAGCGAAUUAUAGCUACUGGUGGAGCAUCGGCCAAUCAGAGCAUCCUCAACUCAAUAGCUUCAAUUUUUGGCUGUGAUGUUUAUACAGUUCAGAGACCUGAUUCAGCUUCUCUUGGAGCUGCAGUGAGAGCUGCUCAUGGCUGGCUUUGCCAUAAGCAGGGUGGUUUCUUACCGAUAUCAGAUAUGUACAUGGAUAAAUUGGAGAAAACGUCUUUAAGCUGCAAGCUUUCAGCUAGUGCUGGGGAUCAGGAGUUGUUUUCCAAGUAUGCUGCUGUAUUGAAAAAGAGAACCGAGAUAGAGAAUCGUCUGGUUGAAAAGCUCGGACGCAUUUGA